AUGGCGGCGGUUCGCUCGCUUAUCUCCUCCCUCAGGCUCACUCCCGCUCCAGUUGUACCACUCAAAUCAUCAGCCUCCUCCCUCGUCCGCGACGAGUCGAGUUUCUUCAACCUGAACUUGAAUCUCUCCGCAUCAUGCGCUUCAGCUAAGGGCCCUCGACGAGUCGCACCUCCUUCUGCUGCAGCGACUCCCGUCACGACUGCUGCCGCAGCACCCACAGCGGAGGACGCGCCGUCGGUCCCGGCGUCAGGAACGGAAGCGACGCCGCGGCGCCGCCUGAAGGUUGGGUGCCACGCGGCGCAGGGGCGGCGCGACGAGAUGGAGGACCACGUGGUGGUGCUGGAAGACAUAGGCGCUGGGUUCCUCUACGCCGGCGUGUUUGACGGUCACGCAGGCGCGUCUUCCGCGAAGUUUCUGAGCGACGAGCUGCACGACGACUGCAUGGAGGCGCUGGAGGGCGGCGCGGUGUUGGAAGACGAGGACCUGACGGCCGCGGAAGACGCGCUCGAAGAUGCUUUCCUUAAAGCCGACCAGCGCCUGCUGCAGUGGCUCGAAGAGCACAGUUCUGAGCCCGAGUCGGGGUCGACAGGUACAGUGGCGUUUGUGCGGCACGACCGGCUGUUCGUGGCGCACAUAGGCGACUCGCGCGCCGUGAUGGCCGUUGGGGGGGGCGACGAGGGAUACAUCUCGGACGACCAUAAGCCCAGCGGCGACUCGGGCAAGGCACAGGCGGAGAUUAAGCGGAUCAACAAGGCGGGCGGAUGGGUGAGCCAAGGGCGGGUGUGUGGCGUGAUUGCCGUGUCCCGAGCGUUUGGCAACGUGGCUUUCAAGACGAGAAAAGAGGAAAUGAUGCAACAAGGAGUGAAGAAGGGGAGGUGGACCACCAGAUGGGUCUCCAAGAGAAAGUACGAUUCUGAUUGGAUCUCAGCGCUCCCUGACGUGUACGGCACUGAGCUGACAGAAGAUGCCGAAUUCGUCAUCAUUGCAUCUGAUGGCCUAUGGGAUGCGUUUUCCAGUUCUGAGGCAGUGUCGUAUGUGCGGAGCGAGAUGGAGAAGCAUGGAGACGUGCAGCAGGCAUGCGAGGCGCUCGUGCACGCUGCGCUGCAUGAUCGUGGGACAGAGGACAACACCAGCGUCAUCGUCAUCUCGUUACGAGGCUAG